GGUGGUGGUGAGAAAAGAGACGCUGCCAGCAUGGCGUUUACGCUGUACUCCCUCAUCCAAACUGCUAUCCUGUGCACAAACGCGGUGGCGGUGCUACACGAGGAGCGGUUCCUCAGCAAGAUUGGAUGGGGCGUGGAUCAGGGGGUCGCAGGGUUUGGAGAUGAUCCAGGAAUCAAGGCCCAGAUCCUCAAUCUGAUCCGCUCUGUUAGGACUGUCAUGAGGGUGCCUUUAAUAAUAGUUAACUCGGCCUGCAUCGUCCUUUUGUUGCUGUUUGGUUGAUGAUGCUGCCCGGACACGUGGGGGAGGAGCACACGCGGAGGCUACGCAUGCCGGCUGCACUGUCUAUGUCGACUUUUUGGCUUAUCCCUGUCAAAAACAUGGGGAAGGAUUUCAACCACAGGGGAAAAAAAGGACAGCAGCUGGAAACUUGAAAACAGAUAAAGAAAGCAAAGGAAGACAUGCGAUGGGACGGGAGAAUGGACCAGUUUCAGUUAAAGUCGAUCAGCAUUUAGUAGAGCAGGCGUACGUCUCCUUGUUGCUCAUGGACACACCAGGAUAAUACGUAGUCCAGACUGAAGGUGUACCCAGAAACCCAUCUGCUUUAACCAAGUUGUUUUGUUGUAUGUCUUAAGGUGUGUGUGGACCAACUGAUGGGUGCCACGUGUUCCUCAUGAUAAGUACAAGCUCACCAGUGUAUUUUAUCUUGUUUUAACUCUCACAGACUUUAUUUCAACAUGUUGCUCAUAAAACCUUCCUACACCAUAUACUGCUUUUGUUUUUUAAAGAAAGUCAUCUUGUU